ACUCACGACCGUCGCACUUGCUUUCACUCUCACUCUCUGCCUCUCUCGAGUCUCGACUAUCAACCGCCGACGGCCGACCGGCCGGCUCUCGCUCUCGAAUUCGCAUCUUUGACUCUUGUGAGUUGUGACUUGUGAGCCUAGGUACAGUAAAAGAGGUAGAGGAAAGUAAUUUGCUGCAGAAAUUAUCAGAAGCUUGCAUUGUUGAUUUCUCUUAGAUCGACUCAUCAACUGCACAAGGGUUUUUUAGCGUUUAUGGUAAUCGAAGGGAAUUUUUUAGGGCUAAAAAACCUGAAAGACUUUUGCCUGUCAGUCUAGAAGAAAUCGCCGUCGCUCCAUCUCAACUGAUAUGGAUCAGCAACCACUGGUAGAGGAUCCUGAGAGGAAGAAGAAGAAAGAAGAAAAGGCAAAAGAGAAAGAAUUGAAGAGACUUAAGGCCGCACAGAAAGCUGAAGCAGCGAAACUGAAGGCACAACAAGGGAAUUCUUCCUCAAAAGCUAGUAAAAAGAAGAUCACAAAGGCAGAUGCAGCAGAAGAAAAUCCAGAAGAUUAUGUUGACCCAGAUACGUCUUCCGGUGAGAAAAAAAAACUCUCCCGUCAAAUGGCAAAGCAGUUUUCUCCUGCUGCAGUGGAAAAAUCAUGGUAUGCUUGGUGGGAGCAAUCUCGUUUCUUUGAGGCAAAUUCCCAGAGCUCAAAACCACCAUUUGUGAUUGUUCUGCCACCUCCCAAUGUGACUGGAGCUCUACAUAUAGGGCAUGCCCUUACUGCUGCUAUCCAGGAUACAAUUAUCCGUUGGCGGAGAAUGUCGGGAUACAAUACCUUGUGGGUGCCCGGCAUGGAUCAUGCUGGGAUAGCUACUCAGGUGGUCGUGGAGAAAAAGAUCAUGAGGGAAAGGAAAAUGACACGGCACGAUGUGGGCCGAGAGAAUUUUGUAUCCGAAGUGUGGAAGUGGAAAAAUGAGCAUGGGGGCACAAUAUUGAAACAACUCCGGCGUUUGGGUGCAUCUUUGGACUGGUCACGUGAGUGCUUUACGAUGGACGAAAAAAGGUCACGGGCUGUAUCAGAAGCUUUUGUUAGGCUUUAUAAGGAAGGUCUUAUUUAUAGAGAUUUGCGGCUGGUGAAUUGGGAUUGUGUCUUGCGAACGGCUAUAUCUGAUAUCGAGGUGGAUUAUGUUGAUAUCAAAGAGAAGACACCUUUGAAGGUUCCUGGAUACAAGAACAUGGUGGAAUUUGGAGUGUUGACAUCAUUUGCAUACCCUCUGGAGGAAGGACUUGGAGAGAUCGUUGUGGCUACGACUAGAGUUGAAACGAUGCUUGGAGAUACGGCUAUUGCUGUUCAUCCUCAAGAUUCGAGAUACAGCCAUCUUCAUGGAAAGUUCGCCAUUCAUCCAUUUAAUGGAAGAAAACUUCCAAUAGUUUGUGACCCAAUACUUGUUGAUCCAAAAUUUGGAACCGGUGCUGUUAAGAUAACUCCAGCCCACGAUCCAAAUGAUUUUGAGGUUGGAAGGCGUCAUAACUUGGAGUUCAUCAACAUCUUUACUGAUGAUGGGAAGAUAAAUAGUAAUGGUGGUUCAGAGUUUGUAGGUAUGCCACGCUUUGAAGCUCGUGUAGCAGUGACUGAGGCUUUAAAGUCUAAGGGACUCUAUAAAGGUGAAGAAAAGAAUGAAAUGCGUCUAGGUCUUUGUUCAAGAAGCAAUGAUGUGAUUGAGCCUAUGAUAAAGCCUCAGUGGUAUGUCAACUGCAAUAGUAUGGCAAAGGAAGCUCUUGAUGCUGUCAUGGAUGAGAAAAACAGGAAAAUGGAUAUAAUUCCAAGACAAUAUGCUGCUGAAUGGAGAAGAUGGCUUGAGAACAUUCGUGAUUGGUGUAUAUCAAGGCAGCUUUGGUGGGGUCACCGUGUACCUGCAUGGUAUGUUACCUUGGAGGAGGAUAAACUGAAGGAACUUGGGGCAUACAUGGACCAUUGGGUGGUGGCUAGGAAUGAGGAAGAGGCCAAGGAGGAGGCUAGCAGAUUGUUUGUUGGGAAAAAGUUUCAGCUUGCUCAAGAUCCUGAUGUUUUAGACACCUGGUUUUCUUCAGGCCUCUUUCCAUUAUCUGUAUUGGGGUGGCCAGAUAACACUGAAGAUUUGAAGACAUUUUACCCAACUUCUAUUCUCGAAACUGGACAUGACAUUCUCUUCUUCUGGGUUGCCCGUAUGGUGAUGCUUGGGAUGAAAUUGGGAGGUGAUAUACCUUUCACAAAGGUUUAUUUACACCCCAUGAUUCGUGAUGCACAUGGCCGUAAGAUGUCAAAAUCUUUGGGCAACGUGGUUGAUCCUAAUGAAGUCAUAAGUGGAAUACCCUUGGAAGGUCUUCACAAGAGACUGGAAGAGGGCAACUUGGAUCCUACUGAAUUGAAGGUUGCCAAAGAGGGACAGAAAAAGGAUUUUCCUAAUGGCAUUCCUGAAUGUGGUGCAGAUGCUCUACGAUUUGCCCUUGUCUCUUACACUGCUCAGUCAGAUAAAAUAAAUCUGGAUAUACAACGAGUUGUUGGAUAUAGGCAGUGGUGUAAUAAACUAUGGAAUGCUGUGCGAUUUGCAAUGACCAAACUUGGAGACGAGUACACUCCUCCAACAAAGAUAGUUCCAGAGAGCAUGCCAUUUAGUUGCCAGUGGAUACUUUCUGUAUUAAACAAAUCUAUAUCAAAAACUAUAUCAUCCUUGGAUUCUUAUGAGUUCUCAGAUGCAUCCACUGCUGUAUACUCUUGGUGGCAGUUUCAGCUGUGUGAUAUUUUCAUUGAAGUAAUCAAGCCUUACUUUUCUAGUGAUGAUCCGUCAGUGGCAUCUGCAAAGCGUUAUGCACAAGAUACAUUAUGGGUGUGCCUGGACAAUGGACUAAGACUGCUCCAUCCAUUUAUGCCAUUUGUUACUGAAGAAUUGUGGCAGCGACUUCCUGCACCACAGCACUAUCCAAGGGAAAAGUCUAUCAUGAUAUGUGAAUACCCGUCAAUUGUGGAGUGCUGGACAAAUGAAAGGGUAGAAUAUGAGAUGGGUAUGGUUGAGUCUGCAGUGAAAUCACUCAGAUCAAUCAAAGCGAACCUACCUGCAAAAGAAAGAAAUGAAAGGCGAGCAGGUUUUGCAGUUUCACGAACUGAUCAGAUUGUGGACCUUCUCAGACGCCAUGAGAUGGAAGUCUCCACCUUAGCCAACCUAUCAUCAUUAACAGUUCUUACUGAGAAUGAUGCUGCUCCAGCUGGAUGUGCAGUAUCUGUUGUAAAUGAAUCCCUUUCAGUUUAUCUAAAGCUUCAAGGAGCUAUUGAUGUUGAAAAAGAACGCGAGAAACUCAAAACAAAGUUGAACGAAUUACACAAGCAAAGAGAGAAUUUAAACAAGACAAUGAGUGCUAAGGGGUAUGAAGAGAAGGUUCCAGACCAUGUAAAAGAAGAAAAUGUGUCGAAAUUGGCGAUACUCAUGCAACAACUUUUGUCCAUCGAGGAAGCUGCUCAACACUUUGAACGUGAAGUCGCAGCAAAAGCUUCAGCUUUGCAAGACUAAAUCAAUUUUUCAACAUACACCUUUUUCUUUCCCUUAUUUAGAUUUGCAAAUUGCAAUUGGGUUUGUAUUAUUAAAACUUGUACUGUGAUCAAAGUAACGUGUUAUUGGUUGUGUUGAGACAUGCAUUUUGUCACCAUUGACUGUGUUUUUUUUUUGGUAAAAUGAUGGUGUGUUGGGGUGAUUUUGUAUUAUCUUACUGUUUAUUGCAUUUGAUCUAACAGAGUAACAGAUAUGUCUGUUUUAUGAA